AAAAUUGGCGCGAGCGGGAUCUCGGCUUUGUUAUCCUUUUUGUAUUUUUAUAGAGGUUUACUUCACUGUACUCAAAUUUUGAUACUAAUAUUUCAUGAUGAGUACAUGUCGUUCACCUAGUUACAGAAAUCUCAAAACCAAAAUAGGGGGGUCGCCAAAGGAAAUAAAAGAUAAAUUAAGAAAGGAUUAUAAACAUAAAAUUCAUAAUAGCCGAAAUUUGUUACUAAACAAGUUUAGAAGCUUAGCUGAUGGAACUGAUCUCCAACAAACUCUUACUCAAAUAUAUAAUGAUACAUUCAAUCUACAACCAUCCAAUGGCGAGGAUUUAUAUGAUGCAGAGGAAAUUGGAUUAUUAGAGCAAAUUAAAAAGGAGCUGAUACAAGAUGAACUAGAUUGGUGGCUUGAAGAAUAUGAAAAGUCGCAGAUGAACAACAUUGAUUGGUCUUCUUUACAAGAAGAGAAUGUUAUUUGUCCAAUCUGCCAAAAAAACAAUCUCAAUCUUGCUGCAGGUUUCCUAUCUUGUAAACAUUGCAUUAUAUCUAUCAAAGCAGCAGUUCCAAUAGGGGAAAUAAAAAACAGCAUUUAUGAUUGUAUUGCAAAACACAGCAGCGCAUGUAAUAGUGAUGGACAUUUUACAGUCAUUUCGGAGGAUAAUGACAUGCACAUAUAUUUCAUGUGUGAUCUCUGUGCUGAAAUGUCUUUAGUUGUUUAAGCAUUUUUUUGUUACUAGAGAUUUAUUUGUUUGAUCUAAAUUUAUUGUUGAGCAACCUGUUGAAUAAUAAGCAUGAUUCUUGUUUGAGCUAUAGGAGAUUUUUUGUAUUGCUAACUUUUACUUAUAUGCUUUAUUCUAUUAUAUAAUAUUAC